AGUGAUCUUUAUAUAUGCUAGCUAGUGUCAUUGCAUUCUGCCUUAAUUUCCCUUUUCAGAGUGCUCAUGAUGCUGCCGAUUGGUGUCCCUGCAGUCCCGGAUACAAUGCGUGGAUUGCGCUAUGAGAAGCUAAAGCAUGGUGAUGAGACCACCAAGGUUGGGAGGCCUAGGAAGCGUUGGAUGAAGAAAAUGAAGGGAGCGAUUCGGCUAUCUCGUUCCAGAAAACUUAUUUUCAAGGCCUUUUCCAUGGUAGUGUCAGCAGGCAGGGUUGCAAGGGUGUAUGCUGACAUUAUAGAUCGAAUGAAGAUGGAUGGUUUCUGUCCCAACAUCAUCUUCUCCACUCAGUGGGGACUUCCUGUUUUAUCUCACCCCUCUCUUAAAUGUAGAAAGACUACAUUUUCGUAAUUUAAUUUGAAUGAUUCAAUUUAUUUAUGGCUGUACUGUGUUGACUGUAUCUUCAAUCUCUUUGGUUCUGUUUUAAUUUCUUUCGACUUAGUAAUCUUCUUUUUUACUACUAAUUAAGUUCAGUGAACCAA